UCGCCACUCGCUUGCACUCGAACCUCGGAUGUUUUAUUUACCAACACAUUUUUUUAUUUUAUUUAGUUGCUAUCCAAUAAACAACCUACAACCAAUACGGACAGAUAAUUUUACCUGUCCGUCAAUUGCUUUAGAUUAUACUGAAGGUUCAAGACUUGUUUACAAAAGAAAUCCAGCUCCUGAUGGACACAGAUGUGGUGUAUGUCCAACGUAUUUCCAGAAAAUCUGCGCUUUCAAUUAUAGAACCAACGCAACGUUUAUUUUUGAUAACCACUGCGUUAUGGACCUAUACAACUGUAUCCAAGGAACGGAAUUCGUUCCGCUAAAGUAUGAACAUUGCUUAUACUUCGGAAACUUCGCAUACGUCCACGGGUAUAAAUAUGAAGACAUAGAUUAUGGAGAAGAUCACAUAAUAGUGAAAAAUACGCAGAAGAAUCAAGAUUUUGUCAGAUAACUGUUAUAUGCACAAUAUAAUAAAAAAGUAUUAAUUUAAAGAUUUCUG